ACGCACGCACAUAGAUCGGUACGAUGUCGGUGGCGGCCGAUGCCUCCCAGGACAGGAUCGUCGCCUGCAACGGCAAGGACGACGUGCCGGUGAUAACGCAGCCUACCACUAGGCGUGGACUCAGGAUCUACAAGAUCGUCGUGCUGGGUGACGGCGGCGUUGGCAAGUCAGCUGUUACUUUGCAGUUUGUUAGUCACACGUUCCUGGACUAUCACGACCCCACUAUAGAGGACUCGUACCAGAAGCAAGCAGUCAUCGAUGGGGAGGCAGCUCUUUUGGAUAUUUUAGACACAGCUGGACAGGUUCGAGAUUCUUAUGUGGAGUUCACGGCGAUGCGUGAGCAGUACAUGAGAUGCGGCGAAGGUUUCAUGAUAUGUUACUCCGUAACGGACAGGCAUAGCUUCCAGGAGACAAUGGAGUAUAGAAAACUGAUAUCGCGUGUGCGCGCGAACGAAAACAUUCCUCUGGUGCUAGUCGGGAAUAAGUUUGAUCUACAACAUCAGCGAAAGGUGACGACGGAGGAAGGCAAGGCACUAGCGGAGGAGCUCGGCUGUCCGUUUUACGAGACAUCGGCUGCUCUGAGGCAAUUCAUCGACGACGCGUUCUUCUCGCUGGUCAGGCAGAUACGCGCCAAGGAGAGACCCCGAAGAGAUCCCUUGCAUCGCAAACGCAGCCGUUGGUGGCGAAUUCGCUCGAUAUUUGCGUUUAUCUUCCGACGGAAACCCAGACGCGCUCUCAAUCAUUCGCCUUAGAAGUGGUUUCUAUAGCGAGCCUUUCAUUAGAGAGAUCGAUAGACGAUAGCAAUGACGAGAGUAAUAUCAUAGCAAAUCACAACGAAGUACGUAUUACCGAUGUAUUUUUAUAUAGUUCACGUCUCCCUUUAGAGACUGAUGAUGAUUCGUUAACAUCUCACUGCCUUAUCAUUGACCCCAGUGUGUGUACCCUGCAAUGCAAAAUUGUCAGUCAGAAUACACAUGGAAUACACAUUUGUAUUCUCAUCUUAGAUCUGAAGUCAGAUUAAUCGAUCACUCAUGCUGCUCAAUACAGAGAAACAUAGAACAUGGAUACGCAAUAGAUUCACACGCUAUAGAGAUACAGUAUAUAUAUUUAUGACUUCCAGUUUUAUAAGACGACAGUUUCUUCCGCAAUAUCAUCUCAAAGGCUGUUAACAUUCAUUAAAGUUAGGUCUCACGAAAAUCACGCGAUAAACGCGGAUAAACGGAGCCUAAACGGAGCAAACGCAUCCAUCUAACUACGGAUAAGUAGAUAUUCCAACUAUCUCCAGUGAAUCACUUCUCUGAUAGUCGUAGGCGAUAUUUAGACUCUAGUUCGCUAUUAAUAGCCGAUUACGUGACCAAAGAAAAGUAUAUGAAGCGUUAAUUUGAAGCAGGAAUUGAGAGAUCUCCUUGGCAAUACAGAGAAGGACGGAAAUGCAAGAUAUUACAUAAGAGCUUUAUAACACAAAUUGUUGCGAUUUUAAUUAUCGAUAAAGGGAUAUAUAUAUAUUGAUUUUUAUUUAUUCUCUAAUUUAAUUCAGUGUAAAUAACAAGAGAUAUUAAAUGUUAAAUAAUUUUAUAUUCAAUUUAGAAUUUUGUAACGAUGCUACAAAUUAUGCAUGAGAGCUAUAUAAAAGUUGUAAUGAGUUGCAAAGUUUAGAAUUGUUACGUAUUAUGUGAAUCACAUGAUCUCUAAGAUAUCUCGAUCACAAUUCUCGAUGAAAGCAUAAAUUCAAUAUGUUUGCCUUGGACAGUCGUGACACGAAUAAUGAAACUGGCAAUAAAAGCAAAUAUUACAUUAUUUUUGUACAUUACAACCACAGAAGCUCAGAAAAAAAUAUCAUAUAGGCUUUAAAAUAUAAUUAGAGCUUGUGGUACAAAUAUUAUAUUCCAGUCCAAAACAUUUGAAUGCAGUUUUUUUAAACUCUAAUCAUAAACGCAGCUCUUCGAAUAUUAAAUUACGUUUACAUAGUUUUAAUAUAUAGACCAGUCACUAAUUUUAUUUUUUAAUUUAAUAUUUAAU